AUGGCAGCGGAGGUCGCGGAUUAUGUGAUACCGAAAACAUUUUUGCAGAAGAUAUUGCUGGAUGUCCUGAACAGCAUGGCGUUCACGCUGCUAGUGUACUUCGUCAUCACAUUCAACUGCGUAUUCGUAGGCAUGCGAUAUCAUUGCGAUGUGAGGUACAUCCUCGGCUCACGGAACGAGGAAUUCGGCAAGGAAUGGUGGGAAGGCUGGGAGGCGUGGUUCCGUUGGGUCGACAGGGCUGUAGUGUGCUUUUUUAUUGCAGAAGUAUGUCUCCGAAUUUUAGCAGAGAGGGGUGACUUCUUACGCGGACCUAACAAGGCGUGGAACAUAUUUGAGGCAUUGAUCGUGACCGGGAGCAUCUUGGACAUGGUGGACCCCAAACGUUUUGUGGGAGCUUCAACGUUCCGCGUGUUUCGCAUCCUGCGAGUCGUGCGCAUCAUCAAGCUCUUUAGUUUCCUGAGCCACCUGCGACUGAUGUUAUUCUCCAUGGUGUCGUGUUUGAUCCCCCUGGUGUGGGCUUUGGUACUGCUGUUUCUGCUGAUGUAUUGUUUCGCGAUCUGGCUACUUCAGUCAAUCGCCCAGAAUCAGAAUGUCCUGGGGAAGGAGACCCUCCCAGAUCAGGCUGUGGAGGACGUGCUGCAGGAAUAUUGGGACGGCAUAUUCUUGAGCAUGCGCACCUUGAUCUACUCCGUCACUGAUGUCGCCGCGCCCUUCUGGACGAUGGGUCCGGUGUAUGGGCUGAGUUACCUUGUCUUUGUCACGUCCAUGCUGCUCGGGCUACUGAAUGUCAUGGUCGGUGUGUUCGUUCAGGAGAGCGCUAAUGUGCUCCUGCUGGACCGGGAGCUCGUUCUUGACCGGGGUGUCGAGUCUGGGCAGGCCUCAAGACAAUUGCUGGCCGAGCUCUUCCUUUUGCUCGACGCCGACCAGAAUGGUUACCUCACUGAGGAAGAGAUCAUGAAGGGCCUCGAGGAUGACCGCAUCAAGGCCUUCUUCAAGCAUAUCGGGGUCGACAUGACUACGAAAGCCCACCACAUGUUUGCGCUGAUCGACACUGAGCGCGAGGGCUACAUCUCCAUGACGCAGUUCGUGGACGGCUGUCUGCAGUUCCAGGGGGGCGCGCGGCCAAUAGACGUGGCCGCGCUGGGCAGGCAGAUCGAG